CUGAUGAAGUGUGCGUUAACAAUAGGGCCACGAAGAGACGAAAGCUGGAUCAAGCGUUAUCAGCCUGCACUGGAGCUCAGGGGACUGGGACAACGCUGCACAGACAGCAUUUCCUGGAGCAUCUGAGCACUGUUGUAGCCAGUUAAAUGCUGCCAGAGUUGCCAUUCUUGUCUGAAACAAGUCACACUGUCAAAAUGCUGGCCAUCAUACAACAAUGGGAGGGAGUGUCUGGCAGUUACACAGACAACACUGUAAAGUAUGUUUUUCUUCUGUUUUCCAAAGCAGGACUGGAAAUGGUGAUAUUUUAUUUACUGAGUCAAAAACGGUACACCUUCUUUAUGAAUGUGUGCAGCCUGUCCAUCAUACUGGCUGACUUGGUACUUGCCUCUUUAAUGGCAACUGUGUGGUUUCUUGGAGCUGACCAGUCUUUUGCACCCUGCUUCCUUUUGGCUAAUGCCUCAGCAGCAUAUGGAAAAUUGCCACUGCCCAUGAUGUGCCUAGGUUUACUGGACUACUCUUUGGGAAACAUCUGUCUUAGCAAGCACAGAGCCUUCUGGAAAACCCUCUGGAAUGUAUUCCUGACAUUUCUCACGUGGCUGCUAGCAGUCUGGUUCUCCUUUGGUUCUCCUGAUACUAAACUGAUGAAUUUGAGUUGUGGAACAACGAUUAAAGCUCUGGUGUGUGAAGUGGAGGAGUCAACAUUGAUGAGCUAUUUCAUCGCUGGGCUUUUCACUGCAAUACUUCUAAUAAUGCUGCCAUUUUGGUCACAAAUUCCCCAGUGGGUAAAAGAGGCUGAGAGGUUGUGUGAAGCAAGGGAAGAACAAGAGAGUAUGAGGAGCGACUUGUUAUUCACUUUAACCUCCUGCACAGAGACAAAAAGCGAUGCAGAGAAUUACCUGGAGGAUGUGAUCCAGCAUCGACCGCCUCUGUGGAUCAGCCUGAUACUGGGCUUUGCUACAUUUUGGAUGCCUUUUCUUGCUGUGUAUUUGGGCUGCUUGAUUCUUGGCUUUGGACUACCUGCCUACAUCUCUGUUAACCUCUUGUGGUUUGAAUGUACCAACAGUUUACUGGUGGGUGUAGUAUUCUGGAUAAAGAGCAGGACUCUAGGGUCGCACACCCAUCUACCAGAAAACGUGUGCUUAUGGAGCGUUUACUGGCAUUUGAGCAAAGGAACACAACAGAAGCAACUUCCUGUGCUCAGCCCUUUAAAAGAGAAGAUAAACAUUUUUUAUUAUGUGUAAGGGUAACACAUGAAAUUAUUAUUAAAAGCUUGUUGAGUGGCAGCUGUUUGUGAAAUUUCAUAUGCUGGGUUCCUUCAAGCCUUUAAUUUAGGGACCAUAAUUGAGCCAUAUAACUGUUAUAUUAAAAAGCCUGGACACAAAACUGCAUCUCACGCCUCUCCAGCAGCUUAUAUGAGUGCCCCAAUAAAAAUGUUUAAGUUAUGACUGGAUCUUUUUUUAAUGUUAUUGCUCAAAAAGCUGUGCUGCAACGUAUCAUGGAAGAACUCUGAUUUGAUUACAUUUUGUAGAGGUCUGUUUGGGGCUGUGCAACUGAAAAUGAAUCAAAACCAACAUUCAGAAUCUCUAAUUGAUAUAAUCUUGCCCACAUCUGUUAUUUUUUGUUUUUAAUGUCUGUUAAUACUUCCCCCAUUGUAUCCUGUCCCUUUUAAAAUAUACUACUGUGCAGUCUUUGACAUGUAAAACAUCAUUGAGGAAAAGUCAAACACGUUGUUUGGACACAUUUUUGGCUUUAGUAAAGACAACAGAAAAACAACAAAAAAACUGCUUUAGUAGUUGAGCAUUUUUACAGCACAAACCUGGUGAACUAUGAAGGCAAGAACAAUGUAUGCAUGUAUGUUUGUGUAUGUACAUGUACAUCUGUGUGUGUAAUAAUUGUUCAUUAAUUGAAGUAAAAUGAUUAAUUCUGAUCUGAAGUCAUAUUGCUCAGUCCUAGGUCUGUCUGUUUGUAUUGGUCUGUCAUACAGCCUAAUAUUAUGGAUGAUGGAUGCAAUUUUGUUCCUUUUACUCCUCCUU